AUGUCCAAGGAUGACGGCAAGGCUGUGCAAACCUGGUUCAAUGCCAUGGCCCCAGAAUAUGCAGUUCCUGCCGACACACCCCCGGUGGUGAUCUUCUCUGGAAUGACAGGGAAGGAGAUGAUCGUGGUGUGCCAGCACUGGACGCAGUUCACAGGGCUGGAGCAGCCCGCCUUUGCAGGCGCAUGCGAAGCCAACUUCCACAAAUCGCUGCGCGACCUCAUCCCCGAGCUGAUACGCUCCCUGCUGGCGGCCCAGCGCAGCAUGGACGAUGGCCACACCCACCACGGGCACCAGCGAGACUUCCACAGCGGCGCUCUCUCGCACGGUCCCCCACAGUCGCGGUCAGCAGCUGACGAUGACCGGCAGCCGAUCGUCAUUGACCACGAGGCAGACAUGCAGGGGCUCAAGGACCGGCUACAGAAGAGGAUGGCAGGGAGGGCGCAGCGGCGUCAGGCUGCCCAGGAGGAGCAUGAGCAGGGACUCGACCAGAGGCCGCCGCGGCAGCAUGACCAGCACCGUGGCUUUGGGUGA